CCUCCACCGUCACCUCUCGCUCUCUUCCCUGCGUCAUACCUGCGCGACGGACGCUCAGGCUCAGACAGUACCGUGCCGAUCGCUACGCGAGUCGCAUCGUCGCUCGACAUGCUGGCUGCCAUUUCGCGACAGACCAGCACCAUCUUGUCGGCCUAGCAGAUGGCAUGCCGAGUCGUCGCCGCCGCCGUUGUUGUCUUCUUCGAUGAGGCGAGUUUCUAAUCAUCGCAGCGGCGCGAGACGCAGAGAACGAGAGUCCUGCAGAAGUGCAGUGCGCGCGUGAUGCGGCCGCGGCUGUAGCCUUGCGGCGAAGUGGUCCAGUGAGUUUCUUCGGAGAAGGCGUAUAUAUAUAGAAAGGAGCCUAGCGAGAGCAGGAGAGAGAGAUGGAAGAUCCAGAGACGUGCUACUCGUCCGGCAGCGUGGCCGGUGCCGUGCUCGGCACCUUCCUUGUUACUUGCCUGCUGAUCGCUCUCGCCGCACUGUUUUACAGACGCUGGCGCAGGAACAAAGGCAAGCAUCUGGUAUUAGUAACAGACCCGGAGAUCGUGGACGAAGCAUACGCGUUCGACAAUCCAUGUUUCAAGGACGCGACCCCAGCAAUGGGCAGAAGCCUCGAGCGACCGGUAUCGACGAUCUGCACGACCGACGAGAAACAACACGAGACCUCGACGACGCCACGAUGGUCGACGCCUUGGGCGAAUAUCGGCAAAACCGCCGAGAAACGUCGCACUCUAGAUGAUUCCUACCUCACGCCAAAGGCGACGCGUGUCUGCGUGGUCGGACUGAAGAGCAGAGACUUUACUGGUCUCGGUUUCAGUGUUUGUGGUAAUAUGCGCGAAGGAAUUUUCGUCAAAGACCUCAUGCAUCGUGGACCUGCGUCCGAAUCUGGUCGUAUUCAUCCUGGUGACCGUAUAAGCAGCGUGAAAAUAAGCUUCCGUUCAAUGGUCUACGAGGACGCACUGACGAUUCUUAGCUAUGCCUCGCCCUACGACGUGGAAUUAGAAGUUGAAAGUGGUGGUGGGUCAGGUUCCAAGCCUACGACACUUUUAAAGAAAAGUGUUGGUCCAAGUCCAACUCGUCUCUGCCAUCCUCUGUAUCGAAGUCAAUCCAUCCCAGAUUUGUCUCAAACGCCCAAGUUAUACUCAAGGCAGCGACUUUUCGAAGACUCGGCGACAUUGAAAUCGACCAAAUCGACACCCGGCAGUCAGACAUUAGAGAGACAGGAGAAAGUCAAUCACCAUACGAAAUUCGGGAUCAAGGUUCUACCGGCUCUGGACGGUACUGUGCAUCGAGUUGAGAAUCAGAACGAGCACAACACCAAUUUAGAGAGGCGCCAUUCGAAGAAAAUGGAAGCCGUCGAGAAACUUGUCAACGAGGCCAAUCAGCAAAGAAGCAAUAUCAUUAAGAAGGUUAUCCAAGUGACUGAUGGUAUCGACGUGCCUGAUCGCGCUGCUGAAGUUGCCAAGCAUCAGGAACAAUCGACGAUAGUAAUGAUCGCAGACGACGUACCGGCGGAAGUGCACAAUGCAGCGAUGGCCGCACGUGGCAAACGUAAAAGUUCAGGCUCUGAAUUGCUGCAAAAAGCCGCUCAAGAGAUGAUACGAGAACCAGCUGCACAACCGACAAUCGAACAACAGCAGCAACAACAGCUGCAGCCAGUUGCCGAGGCGAAGAGCCCACAAAAAGGCAAGAGAAAGGCACCAGCGCCACCAUCGCGUUCAACAUCCACUGACGAAAAGACAAUGAUAAUGAAGCUUGAUGAGAUGCAGCUGAACGGAGACGUUGUUCCGGUUGUUAGCAUUGACGAGUUGACAAUCAAGACGGAAUCCGAGGAGCCGCGAGCGAAUAACAAUAACGACAAGCCAACAGCUGCAUCGUCAACAACAGCGCCCACGGCGCCGACGAAACAACGCCGCAACUCCGAGUCGGACACCGACAGCGAGAUCCAGCACAAUAACUUCACAACGAUCGAGCUGAAUCCAUCGGACAUAACGAUUCACCACACGCCAGUACCAGAAAGUCACAACGACGAAGAAGACGACGUGUACCGCAAAGCAGCCAGUCUUGGUGACUUGUCGAAAUACGAAAACAAAACGACUUCGACUUUGGAACGCGCGCAGAGUCUCGACAUGACAGAUUCAGGCUCGAAGAAACGUAAAACUUCAACGCAGCCACCCGAAGAUAUAAGCGAGUCGACCGAAGACUUGACCAAGAUCGGCGGUGACAAAAACAACAAAUUGAAAAAAUCCAGCAAGUGGGGUACUUUGGAGGAUGCGAUAUGGCCGAGUGACGAAAGAAGCCGAAAGAAAAGCGCGACGACUCUGGAGAGGUCGCAAUCCGAUGUCGAAGCCAAGCACGAGAAUGGAGAAACGAGCGAGAAAUCAGCUAAGCCGUCGGACGACGACGCGGCGCCGGAAGCAAGUCUAGAGUUGUACAAUCUGCCGUUGAGCAAGAGAUUGACGCAGGAGUUCAUCGAGGCCGAGAGGCUAUUUGACAUUGGCGAAGACAAUGCGUUGGCGAGGCUCGUAAACGAUGGUCGAGUGCUCAAGUCGCCAACGCCCGAAGAAGUCGAGCAGCAGUUCAUUAAGAAGCAUCCGUUGCCCGGAGACUUGCUGGCGGAAGAACAUCUGCCCACGAAGAAAGUGGCAUCCAAGCUGGACGAGAAGCCGGAGGAUAAAGCGUCGUUCGAAAAGGCGGUACGCUACUUCGCGGAGCACGCGGAGAACGGUGACUUCUUGCCGAACGCCGAGACGAUCGUCAGCAUUCCCGAGCCACCAGAGCAAUUGUAUGCCGGCAAGCGAGAGGUCGUCGAGGAGCCGUUGUCCAAAGUGACCCUAAGAUUCGGCUGUCCGGGAUGCGACGACGGACACGAUAGGCACACGUGCACGAAGAGACGCGAUCUCGCGCAAUUCGAGACUCACUACGCCAAACCGAUCUCGCUCGACGAUGAGAUUGUCACAGUGAACAGCGCCAAACCCAGCUACGUCACCGAGAUUAAGGUAUCGUCGGCUUCCAAUCUCGACGACACUCAAAGCGCCGAUGAGGAAAUUGUCGCGAUCCUCGAUUCCAAAUCAAAGCAACAAGCGAAUGGAAAACUACCGAAGAAACCACCGGUGCCACCAAGACGCACCGAUGCCCCGAGAUUCGUCAAGACCGAAGAUGAAGAUCGACAGGUGGUUUAUGUGUCGGAGUAUAGAAUGAGAGAGAGAGAGCCCGAGAAAAGGUACGAGAGUUCAUGGGCACAUCUUCAAGACGAGCAGGAGAUCAAUCCCUGGGCUAAUGGGUCGCAACCAGUCACGAGUAUUAUGCUCGGCGAUGAGAAAUCAGGUCACAAGUGAAGAAAUCGUUGCGGAGAGGAGCUCUGGCUUUCGAAUGUAUGAUUUUUGAAAAUGCCGGAUCUCCGACUUUGUUAUUAACUGUUUUGUAAGUGAGAAAUCAAAGAGAAUAAGAUUCUACUGCUUUAUGUACACGAUAGAAUGUUCGCUAAAGAACUCGAAUGUUUGUUUUUAGAAAUCUUAGGCACUGUUACGUAUUUUAUAUUAAAAUUUCUGUUUCUCUGACUAUACAAUUCUUACUAAUGAUUCAAAGAAAAUUCAUGUAACUGAUUAAGAUUUUUCGAAUUUGCGUAGAGUAUAUAUACUAUUUGUCAUUACGAUUAAGUUGAAUGAAAAUUCCAUUUAUAUGAGUGAUGUCGUGUGCGGAUUCUGUCGAGUUAUUCAUUGUUGAAUGUGCCAUAAAAGGACGCGCUGAGAAAGUGAAUUUCUGAUGCAAAGAGGAAGCGAAAGCUUGAAUCAUUGUGUACAGUGUGUAUGUAUCUCGUUGUAUAUAAAGGCCAGUGUGUUUUCAUGAAUGUAUCAAAGAGGUUCACAAUAUCAAUUAACUUUUUUAACAGUUAAGCGAGUUUUUCAAAUCUAAAUGUCAUUGUUAUCAAAUGAUUUUGUUGGAAUAUUUUUCUUUUAUUUCUUUUUAUAGUUUCAUUAGAUUUUUAAGCGUACAAUAUUUUAUAAAUUGUUCUGAGCUACUUAACUAUCAAAGCAUCACACGAUUAAUCAGAGAAAACAUGCAAUAAUUAGGAAUUGAAAUACUUUAGUAGUGUUUAAGUCUAUUUGACUGAUCUGUCAAUUGUUAUAACAAUAGUAUAUAACAUAGUCAAUGGAUGGACAAGACAAUAAUGGCUUUGCUUGAGUUUCAUAACGCAGGGACCAACGCAUCAUUAUACUACUUUACAAUUUAGUACUCUCACAGAAUAAGUUAUUUUCUAAACUUAAUAGAUCUACUCAUUGUUGGUGUAUAUUUUUCCAUGAUAACAUUUUUUUUGAAGGUUGGUGCCACCUAAAGUAUAUUUUUAUAUCUAAUGUACUUUUUUACAGAAAAGUCACAAGUCUGGUGCUCCUUAAGAUCAUUGAUUAAUUAAUUUGUGUGUGGUUGUUAAUGAAGCUAUUUCAACAUAUGUAUAUAUAAAAAAUAUAUACGUGAUCAUUACACUCAUUAGAAAGUCAUUUAUGUAACAAGUAAAUAAAAACUUAUUGUUUAUACUACAAAGUCUAUAAUUUAUUUGAUCUUUUAUAGGAGAAUAAAGAAAAUUAUCCUUGUAAAUUAAUUUUGAUUGUGUCGCUACUUUAUUCAAUAUUUAAUUUCUAAACUAAAUAUUAUUAUUUACAAAUUUGUCAAUCUCAUAUAAUUAUGCCAUUAGAAUUCACAAAUUUCAUUUACAGUUAGAAAUACCCAAAAGGAUAAAUUAUUUCGUUUGAGUCCAUAACAAUUAAUCUGUACAAGAGCUUGACAGAAAUAAUAGUAGUCGUACAGAUAAAACUGAAUAUAAUAUUUUAUCUAUGCAGCUAGUUACACAAGUAAAAUUUAUCCAACAUUCUGAAACUACAUUAUAUUCAAUUCACAAUCACCAGUUCCACUAUCCGUUGACUUUUGAAUAAUUAAAAUUAUAUUACUCCACACGAGAAUCCUCUCAACUAUAAGACAUACACAUC